AUGGAGGAGGAGGAACGUUUUGCCAACACAGCUCUGCCGCGACGCUUCUAUCUCUUCGUCGAACCACCCCACACCCAAUCCGUUUACACACGAGCCAGAUCCGUGAGUGCAGAUGACAGCGCCGGAGAUUUGACCUCGGUACGCCUGCUACAUAGUGAGAUACAGUAGGUGUCCCGAUAUAGUGCCGGUAUGUGUCCAGGCGGAUUGACCGGCACAAUUGCGGGCACCGGGACUAUUCAGAAUUGUGCCUGAAUAGUGCCAAACCGGCACUGUUCAAGGUCUGAAAAUCCCUCUAUAGUGCCGGCUUGGCACUAUUCAGGACUGUUCGACUUCAGAGUGCAGCGCUUGCGCUUUGCGGGACUGACAGAGUACCAAACGAACGGUACGUGGAUCGAUCGUGAGCUGAGCGACGUGGGCGGGCUUCACUAAGUUUCGUGAGGCUCUUGGACAGUUGAAAACACGGCAUUGGGCACAUUAAAAUUAACUUGGUUGACCAGAUAGAUUUGUUGCACAGCAGUUGUUCUCUUCCCACCUCAGCGCA